GGCGCAGGCGGAAGGGGCGGAGCUUAGGCGGCGGUGGCUGAGAAGGCAGCGGGGCGGCGGCGGCGGCGGCUCUGGAGGCCGCAGUCCGGGUCCUGGCUUCGGCCUCAGCCCCACCAUGGUGACGCUUGCUGAACUGCUGGUGCUUCUGGCCGCUCUCCUGGCCACGGUCUCGGGCUAUUUCGUUAGCAUCGACGCGCAUGCUGAGGAGUGCUUCUUUGAGCGGGUCACCUCGGGCACCAAGAUGGGCCUCAUCUUCGAGGUGGCGGAGGGCGGCUUCCUGGACAUCGACGUGGAGAUUACAGGACCAGAUAACAAAGGAAUUUACAAAGGAGACAGAGAAUCCAGUGGGAAAUACACAUUUGCUGCUCACAUGGACGGAACAUACAAAUUUUGUUUUAGUAACCGGAUGUCCACCAUGACUCCAAAAAUAGUAAUGUUCACCAUUGAUAUUGGGGAGGCUCCAAAAGGACAAGACAUGGAAACAGAAGCUCACCAGAACAAGCUAGAAGAAAUGAUCAAUGAGCUAGCAGUGGCGAUGACAGCUGUAAAGCACGAACAGGAAUACAUGGAAGUCCGGGAGAGGAUACACAGAGCCAUCAACGACAACACAAACAGCAGAGUGGUCCUUUGGUCCUUCUUUGAAGCUCUUGUUCUAGUUGCCAUGACAUUGGGACAGAUCUACUACCUGAAGAGAUUUUUUGAAGUCCGGAGGGUUGUUUAAAAAGCCUCUUCCUGAUGAUCCCAACUCAGAAUUCACUGUUUACCAAACACCUUGGUCAUAAUAAUGUCAUUAGUUUCUCCAUUUUUAUUUUCUGAACUGUACAUUCACAAUUUAUGUUUCUUUGUGAUGAAUAGAUAUUGGGGGAAAAACACCUUUUUAGGAAAAUUAUAGUGCAAAUUUGACAGUUGAUUGGCAUAAUUUCUUGUUUGAAUGCUGCCUCCAUUAUAUAGGUCCUUCCAGGAACUCAAACACUGUAAGUGAAAUAUGGGAGUAUAGUUUUUAUUACUUCUUUUACUUGUGUUUUCAUAAUAUAAUGCAGUUUGUUCAGGAAAUCAGCACAAAGCCUGAUAGUACUUUACUAAAAUGACUGCAUUCUUUGGAUUCCCUCAGUCUGUGGUUCAAGUCACUACAGAUUCAUUUUGUUGAGUCCUUAUGAGAAACAACAGUAUGAAUCUUGACGGUUUCUGCCCAUCCUAAUGGCAGAGCUCUCUGACUUGGGCGUAUGCCGCCAGGCUGGGUACUUUCAUACUUUGUUUUCUUCUUUUGCUUUAAAAGUACGACUCAGCAUACAUUUUCCCGCACACAUUUUUACAUUGUACCUUAGGACUUAAUCAUCUCCACUUAAAUUGAUGACACAAGCAGCUAAUAACCAUUUUUGGGUUUCUGUCUAACCUUCUAAUUGUCUGUUAAAGCCAAUUCUCUGGGUGUCCCAGUGAGUGGUGGCUCUUUUUCUUUCCACACUGGCACAUUCACUUCCCCCACUCUUGGCAUGUAGGAAAUAAACAUUUACGUAAUUGGAAAAAUCCAGAUUUCUGAUGCCAAAGGGUUAAAGCCUCUUGGGUUUCAUUGCAGUGAUAUACAGCCACUAUUUUAUUUUUGAUCAGUGGCCUUUGGGCCACUGUUUAGGGCACUGAACAUCAGUGUCAGCAUUAGGGUUUGGGUUUUUGUUUUUCUUGGGUCUUUCUUUUUUGGCACAUGUGAAUCUUGUUUUGUGUAAAAUGAAAUGACUUUCUCUUGUUCUCUGAUGAUGGGUUUAAAAUUAAAAGAGCAUCUGGUUUCGGUAUGGGGAUGAUCCAGGAUUAUGUUGUGACUGAUAUAUAUUAGUUACUUGUACAUUUUUUUUUUUUUUUUGAUCUUUGCAAGGGGAAGACUACAAGUAACGAGUUUUAUAUAAUUAAUUUAAAUUUGUUACAGGUUUUCAUGUUCAGGAUAAGCAAUUUUUCCACCUUGGGUGAGAACACUUGCAACAGUUUAUUAAUGAGGUGACUUUCACCUUAGGACAACUGUUGCAUACCAGUUUUUUUUGUGUGUGUGAAACACUUCAAAAUUGACUUAAAAUAUGUAAAUUUAAAAUUGGUUGUAUCUAAUAUGCCCCAGGUUCAGUAAAUAAACAAUUCUUUUUAAAAACA